AUGUGUGUGGCGCCGGCGCCGGGCGUCUCUCGGUGUCUGGGCUUCGCCUCCUUGCUCGCCGGCUCGGGCUCCGGAGGGGCCACGACGCUCACGGGCCGGGCGCCCCCCAUGGCAGCCAAGUGGUUCAAGGAGUUCCCGCUGACACUGAAAACGGUGUCGGAGCGGGCUAAGCCGGGCAGCGGAGGAGGCGGCGGUGGGGGAGGAGGGACAGGAGGAGGGGGCGGCCUGGCCAGCAAACUCCGUAAGAACUCCGAAGCCGGCGGCCCUGGGCUGCCCCCGCCGUCCGGCAAGAGCCGCAAGAACUCGGCCGCCGAGCUGGGCAGCUGCAAGGCGGCCGGAGCGGGCGGCCCAACCAAGGACAGCCGGCUGUCCCGCGACAGCAUCCAAGGGAUGCUCCAGGCAGCUGCUGGCAAGAGCCGCAAGAACUCCCGCGCCACAGCCGUCGCAGCGGCCCCAGAGGAGGAGCAGCCCCGCGGCUCGGUCAAGAGCACUGGCUGCAGCACCUACAUCAAUCGGCUCAUCAAGGUGGACACCCAGGAGAAGAACGGGAAAAACUUCUCCAGUUCCACCUCCAGCUCUAGCUCCAGCUCCAGCACUUCCUCCUCCCCCUCCUCCCUGGGACCCGAACUGGACAAGGGCAAGGGGGUCAAGCAGCAAGACACGGUGAUCAUUUUAGAAGACUAUGCUGAUCCCUAUGACGCCAAGCGUACAAAGGGCCAAAGGGAUGCUGAAAGAGUCGGGGAGAAUGAUGGCUACAUGGAACCAUAUGAUGCACAGCAGAUGAUAACAGAGAUAAGGCGAAGAGGUUCUAAAGACCCCUUGGUGAAGGCUAUUCAACUGCUUGACAGCCCCUGUGAGUCAGGGGAAAAUGGCAUUAAAUCAGAGACUUUGGCUAAAAGACGGAGUUCCAAAGACCUCCUGGGCAAACCCCCUCAACUGUAUGAUACUCCUUAUGAACCUGGAGAAGGAGGACCCAAACCAGACAUACAGAUGGGCACUUUACAAGAGAGGAAGAUGCGUGCCCCAGACAGCAGGCUUCCCGAAAAUGAUGAGCGGCCAGCAGCAGAGUAUGAACAGCCAUGGGAAUGGAAAAAGGAGCAGAUAGUGAAAGCAUUGUCAGUCCAGUUUGAGGGAUCGGAGAGAGCUUCCAUCAAGGAAGAAACGGUGCGGCACCACCACAGGCAGAAGAGCUGGACCCAGAAGAUGCUGAAACCAGCACUUUCUGAUCACAGUGAGGGGGAGAAAGUGGACCCAGCCAUCUGCCUAGAAAAGCAGCCUUGGUAUCAUGGAUCCAUCACCCGGGCGGAGGCAGAGAGUCGGCUACAGCCCUGCAAAGAAGCCAGUUACCUGGUGCGCAACAGUGAGUCUGGGAACAGCAGAUACUCCAUUGCUCUAAAGACCAGUCAAGGAUGUGUUCACAUUAUCGUGGCCCAGACUAAAGACAACAAGUACACCCUAAAUCAGCCCAGCGCAGUGUUUGACAGCAUCCCAGAGGUGGUGCACUACUAUUCCAAUGAGAAGCUACCUUUUAAGGGGGCCGAACACAUGACCCUCCUGUACCCUGUCCACAGCAGGCUACACUGACAUUCUCCACAGGGAAAGCAGAAGUCCCCUGGCCUCCCCAACCAGACUGCAGCGGCACAAACCUGGCCCAGGAUGGGCUGGACUUUUUCCUCAAUUAUCGGUAUCUACUUUCUACAAGAAUUUUCAGGGGAGUGAAAGUUUUCAUUUUUAAAAAGAAUAAAUUAUUUGUCCCAAAUCCAAUCCUCAGCACCCACUUUCUCCUUCACUGAAGGAUAAGCAAAGACCUCAGCACAAAGCAAAAGGCAACACUAGGUGCUGGGUGCCAGCCAUAGCCAAAGAAAGGUGCCCGCUGAUAACCAAAGGGUACCCUCUCUCCAAAACAUCACUUUUUUUGUGUUGUCCUUCUGUGCCAGGAAAGGACAGGGCACUUGAGCGUACACAUCACCGGAUGGACCUUUGGGAAUGAAGAAACAAUGCAAAAUGGGAAUUGGCUGAUAACCCCGGAAAAGGGUCCUCAAAGGAAGUUUUUCUGUUCGGUUGUAAUUCAAGGAAAAUUCUAAACUUGAAGGUUUGACAAUAGGCUUUUUUAACAAUCAGAGGGACAAACUUCUCCCUCUACCUUCUACUAGCCAUAGUGUUUGUUCAGGAGUGUGUUUUUAAACCUGGUAUCUAUCACAUGUGCAUAUAACUGAAGAAAGGUGAGAAUCACCCCAGUCUUAAUUGCUCAUCAUUAAACAUUGUUCGGUAUUGUUUUGAAAUUGUAGAAUAACAUAAGCAGCAAAGGCCUUAUUAUUGAUAGGGAAAAUUUUUUUUAAUGUUUUUAAGUAGUCAUUUACUAUUUUUUGAAUGGUUCAUUUGUGAGUUUUUGCCCCUAUUGCUAUGGGAUCUUUGUGAUUUGGGAUAAUCUGACUAGAUUUGCUUUAUAAAAGUAGUACUGGGGGACUUCACUGUAUGAUUGCUUUGAGAUUUUGUUGUUGUUUGCCUCUCCCAAGCUGAAUUGUAGUCCGUCUGCUAUGGUAUUUUAAAAUAAUUUUGGUUGUGCGUGCACGUGUGUGUGUUUUUAACCUCAUAACAGGUUUUCUAUAAAUUUUAUUUCUUAUGCUCUUAAAUAAGGCUUUUGUGUUAUCUUUAUAAUAAGCCCUAAACUUAUAUUGCCAAUUUAUUUACUGUGAGAAAAACAUGGGGAUAACAGACUUACUGUGAGAAGAAUAAUAUUAUGGUAAAAGGCUCUAUAAUUAAAGCUGAGCAGCUGUUUCUGUAUUCUGGGGUUUACAGUUUAUUCCUAAAAAUGGUCUAGAUGCCUAUGAAAAGAUCCAAUGAAAAGUUAAUUUUUAUGGCUUGGGGAUUUUUUUUUUCGUCUGUUUGAAAAGCCAGAAAAAAUAUUACUUUGUAUUCAUUCUGAGGUAGGAAUAUCUCUGCAGCCAGCAGUUAUCGGUUUUUCUAUUGUUCACAUUCCAUAUAAAG